AUGCCCCGCGUCUUCCUCGACCAUAACGCCACGACGCCCGUCGAGCCCGCCGUCCUCCAGGCGCUCCUGCCGCACCUCGGCCCGCACUUUGGCAACGCCUCGUCGUCCUACGCGCUGGGCACGACCGCACGCGAGGCCGUCGCCCGCGCGCGCGCGCAAGUCGCGUCCAUGCUGCGCGCCCGCGUGCCGCGCGAGGUCGUGUUCACCUCGGGCGGCACAGAGUCCAUCAAUCACGCGCUCAAAGGCGCUGCACUUGCGGCCGCGCGCGCGAACGACCGGCGGCGCCACAUUGUCACGUCGUGUGUUGAGCACGCGGCGGUCCUCGCGACCUGUCACUGGCUCGCGACGACCCAAAGCUUUGACGUCACGUACGUCCCCGUGGACGCCUUUGGCUGCGUUUGCGUCCAGCGCGUGCGCGAGGCGCUCACGGCCGAGACGUGCGUCGUGUCGGUGAUGCUCGCAAACAAUGAGGUGGGGACGCUGCAGCCCGUGGCCGACAUUGCGCGCGCCGUGCGGCAGUUCCAAGCCGAGACCUGCAGCGGAGCUAUUGUCGUGCACACGGACGCGAGCCAAGCGAUUGGCAAAGUGCCCGUGAACGUGCAGGAGCUGGACGUCGACUUGCUCACGAUUGCAGGCCACAAGGUCUAUGCGCCCAAAGGCAUUGGCGCGCUGUACGUGCGAGAAGGCACGAGGCUGGACACGCUGAUCCACGGCGCGCCGCAGGAACACGGACGUCGGGGCGGCACGGAGAACGUGGCACUGAUUGCUGCACUGGGCCAAGCGUGCGCGCUCGUUGAAGCCCAUGUGCAGGACUAUGCGGUCGUCAUGCAGGAGAGCAAAGCGUCGCUGCUCGAGCACCUCCAGAAGCACUGCAGCCUCACGAACGUCAGCUACCAGGUGAACGGCCACCCGGAACUAGUGCUGCCCAAUACGCUCAGCAUUAGCUUUGAGAACAUCCAUGCACCGCGUCUGCUCGACUUGAUUGAAGCUGACGGUGUGUGUGCAAGCGCGGGAUCUGCAUGCCAUAGCCACAAGCAGUACGACGACACUACAGAAGAGGACAAGAGCUUUGAGCAUCAAGAAGACAAUGUUACUAUUUCGCACGUGCUGGCGGCCAUGAAGGUGGCUCCAGCGUUUGCCAAGGGGACACUUCGCUUGUCCGUCGGUCGCUCGACGACACAGGAAGAGGUACUAUACGCUGCGAACGCGAUUCACAAGGCCAUCCAGCAACUUUUGUAG